AUGGGGCUAGUGCUCCCAGGAAGCAUCUACUGCAGAGCAUCUAUUGUAGUUGUAGGAGCUGCAGAAGGAGUGCAUGCAGGAGGUCUCUAUCCAGGGGUGGAGAUGCUGCUGCUGCUGAGCAGAGUUCUGAUCAAGCAGGACAGGAGAAAGCAAAAGGAAUAUUUUGAAAGGAACAGGUUAAAAUCAAAAAUGAAAUUACUGGGAGUUUUAUCUCCUGCCCAAAAUUCUGCUGUCAGUUUAGACCUUCUUAACCUCUACAUGGUAAAUCAGAUAUCUUGCAAGAAGAAGGUACCUGAGACUGUGAAAAGACCAGUCCACGUGAAUAUGAAUAGAGAUAUUAAAGUUCCUCUAAGAAAGCAUGAUUUAGAACUUCCAAUGUCACCUGAUUGUACACCUUCUAAACUCUGCCUUGAUGAUACAGAAGACAAUAUACACUCUCAGAAACUGGGUAGCAAGGACGAACAUGAUUCAGUUCAGUUGUCACAGCAUAUAGGCUCAUGCAGUGUGUUUGAACCUCAGUUCCACAGAACAGAAAACUACAGUUACCCCUCACCAUCGUUUUCUGCAGAAGUGUCUUGUAACAGACACAGUCCAAGGCAAACGUGUACUCCCCGAGCAGCACCAAAUCCUUGGAAAGCUGCAUAUGAAAGCACUCGGAAUGAGCAGCUCAAUAAAGUUAAUUGUUCUCAUUCCUUGGUUUCCAAAUUAAAUGAUGGUGAAGGUGUUUUCCAUUCAUCAUAUAAAGUAACACAGUUUGGAACAUUAUUUGGACAAAUACAAAGUCUAGGAAAUGAGAAAUUUCUUACACCUGCUAAAACUAUGAGUGAGGAUUGUAGAAGCAUGGAUACAAGAAGACAGGCAGACUUCAUUAUUAAAAAACAACCUGUGCAAGAUAUUUUGGGAGAUAAUGGAAAAGAAUUUUCAAGGUUUUUUGCAGACAAGACCCAGCCAACUCAUGGGUUUGUGUCAGAGAAUCAGGACUCUAUUGUUAAUCAAAAUAUCAUUGACUUAUUAAACAUAGACCAACAAAGAAUGAAAGAAACCUUUGACAAGUGUGGUCAUGAUAAUUUGGGAGAUAUCUGUGCAGUCAUUCAUUCUGAAAGCCAUUCUAUUGAUGGAUGCAUUAAAGGCAUUUUUACGGUUCCAGAGCCAGCUUUUAUCUGUUACCCAGAAACAUGUCAAUCAAGCAAAAACUAUCAGAAAGAGUACAGUGAUGAAAUAGAUUGUGUUAAUACAUCUUUUGAGAAGAAUUGCUACUCAGCCACCUCUGGAAAAAUAGGAACACUUAAAAAUGAUCACCAAGAGAAGAUGCCACAGAAAAAUACCCAGAAUUCUAGUGGUGCUUUCCCUUCGGAAGACUCACAGUCCUGGGCCUUUGGACUUGGUGAGAAUUUGAUGGAUGAAGGAGGAACGUGUUCUUUACAAGAGAAGCCAGUAUCUACUAAGAAAAUAUGUUUUGAUUCUUCACAGAGCAGUCUGUCUGCCAGUUAUUCUCCAAGGCCAACAGAUAGUUCUUUCAGUUCUAGUUCAGACAUGCUAUCUGAAGAUGAAGAUCAAAUAUCACAGCAAAUUGAAGACUCAAAUAAGAUAUCCCUGAAGACUACAGAAACAGACAAAAGUUCUUAUCCAGAAGGGAUAAGAAAAUAUUUAGGUGAUCAGAUUGUUAAAGAUAAUGACAAAGUUCACACACAGAAUGGGAAUUCUCACCAUAUGUCACUGACAAAUAAUACAGGUGAACGUCCACGGUCUCAGUGCAAUUCCACACACACAGUGCAGACCCCCAUGCAUAAUAACUGCAUUGUGCAGGUUCUACAGUGUGAUGCUGGGGUGCAAACCGAGAGAGAGCCUGCAGUGGGAAGAAAGGUAGAUGCUGCCAUCCAGUGCAUCAUACUUGCAGAAUGUAUGUGUAGAAGUCGUGCCUCUUCUCUCUACUGCAGCUAA